GGCCUUUUCGUGAGCCGCCAGACUUCUGCACAGGCGUGUUGUGUUCUCAUUUGGCGUUGAGUGCCUCGCCUGGUGCCGUCUGGUUUCGGGCUGCGUCAAUCUCGCGGGCCGUGGAGGAGAUCUCUGCCAGACUGACUGAGCAGCCGUGAGCAAGGGACCAGAGGGCAUCCACGGGCAGCCCUGAUCUAUGUCAUUUCGUGGCGUCAUUUGUUCUGCAGGUGUGACCUGUGGCAUCUGCGCGGACAGCAGGCGGCAGCGGGACCCUUCAGCAGCAAAAGGGAGGACCGCUGAGCAGACAAGGAGGUCAGAUGGAUCAAGCAGAGCAGACACGGACUUAUCUGCACCAUGUGUGUGUGGGUGUGGGUCUUCGCAGUGUGACGAGAUGGAGUCGGCGGCCAGCACAGCAGGGCCAAGGUCAGUGAGCAAACACGAGGGCGGGCACGAACCACCACCUUUGGCUGGCUGCAGUGCAUGGCUGAUCGCUGUAUACGCCCUGCUUACCUCUGAUUGGGGAUUCCCUGGCUCAUAGGUACCGAUGCCGACCGUGAUGUGUUGGUCGAGUGUGGCGCCGUGGCGUCGGUCAAGACGCUGCUCCAGUCAGCUGAGCCACCAAUGAGACUCACCGGAUGCCUGACGAUGGCGUUCGUGACUGGAGGUAGACGGCCACACACAUCCCAUGCUGCCGCGUCACGAGUGAGGUGCUGUGCUGUUUGGUGUGGACCGCCUGUGUGCAGGUAGUCCUGCUCACCUGCAGGCUGUCAUCGAUGCUGGUUUAGUUCCUCUGCUCGUCGACGCGGCCAGGGAGGAGCCUUCUGGCACGGCAGCAAGGACCACCGGAAUUGUAGCCCGAGGAUCACAGCGACAGGUGGGUAUGGCAGCCAGCGAUAUGCAAGACACACACGGCACACAGCCCCACAUUGACGUGUGUGUCUGAUUGCGUAUCCGUUUGUGCAGAUUGAGCAUGUGAUUGAGUGUGGAGGAAUUCAGCCCCUUCGUGGCCUGCUCAAUGGCGACACGCUCAGGAUGCUGUCAGGCUGUCCUAAGGUAGGUCCACACGCACACAGACUACACGGAAGUACAUGUCCAUCGCUAGCCCUCCUACCUGUUGUGUGCUGCCUGUGUGUGUGCAUCGGUGCGGGUCGUCAGAAGCAGGCCAACGAGGGCCUCCCCGAAAACCCCUACUGCAGGCUGGUGGAACAGGUCAGAGGACGAGAGAGAGCGAUGGACAGCGGGUACCAUUCAUUCACACGGCUACCUUGCUCUGACCUCCGUGCAGGCCGGCGGUGUGGAAAAGUUGGUCGAGCUGCAGGCACACAACGACGGGAACAUCGCAGUGCAGGUGGCCUGCCUGCCUGCACGGCACCGUGUGUGUAUGGCACACGACGCGAACACACACUGUCAGUGGGCUGUCUGUCUCUUGUGUGCUCUUGGGUUCAUUCAUUCAGGCAAUGGCGAUCCUCAUUGACUACUUCCCAGCUCGCGUCGACGCACAGCGUCUGGAGGCCUUGAUUCAGGCGGGUGUGAUUCACGUGGUCCCUGAGCCUGGUGGGGGUGAGGAUGACCGGGCCACCCACGUGAGCGACAGCGAUGGCGACGAGGAGGCAGACGGCCAGCUGUAUGGCCAUGGCGAGGACCAGGAGGAGAAGAUAGAUAGACAGACGGGGCGCUUCCUCCAUGACGCGUAGAUGCGUAGAUGCGUGCAUUCCUGUGUGCGAAUGUCUGUAUGUGUAGCUAGCUGGCGAGAGGGAGACGCAAUACAAACGCAUACGGAUGUGUGGCUGACUGACCCGACGAGCAUCGCGUUGAAGUGGCCAGCCUCUUGCCCGAUGGCCGGCCGUGUCUUGAUGGAAUUUGACUCGUCGCUGAACACAUUGACUGACACGACCAUGGGGCCAAAUGAAAUGAGACACGUUUCGAUGGGAUUUGACACGAAAG